GCGCCGCGUCCUUAUCAACCGGCCGGGCGGCGUGGCUCGCGGCCACCUGGUCCGAAGAGGCGAAGUCCCGGGUGGGGCCAUGGCUCCCCGGGGCGCGGCGGCCGGCCAGGGUCCGAGAGGAGGCGGGGAGCGCUGAGCCCGGAACGGGCGGUGCGCGCGGGCCGGCGGCCGUCGGGGCGCCCAGGGAGCGCACGCGGCACCAUGCGCGCCCUCCUGCCGCCGCUGCUGCUGCUCGCCUGCGCCGCGCACGCCGUGGGAGCCCUCCCUCGGCUGUGCGCUGUGCUGCAGGUGCUGCGGGAAGAGCGGGACCAGUGUCUGCAGGGACUCGCCGAGGAGAGGACCAGGCACCCGGCCCCAGGCUGCCAGGGGCUGUGGGACAACACGAGCUGCUGGCCCUCCUCUGCGCCGGGACAGACGGUGGAAGUGGCCUGCCCGCGGUUCCUCUGGAUGCUCGUGGGCAGAAACGGUUCCAUAUUUCGGAACUGCACGCAGGGCGGCUGGUCAGAGACCUUCCCCAGGCCCGACCUGGCCUGUGGGGUCCACGUGAACGACUCCUCCAACGAGAAGAGGUACGAGUACCUCCUGAAGCUGAAGGUCAUGUACACCGUGGGCUACAGCUCCUCCCUGGUGAUGCUGCUGGUUGCCCUCAGCGUCCUCUGUGCCUUUCGGAAGCUCCACUGCACCCGCAACUACAUCCACAUGCAUCUCUUUGUGUCCUUCAUCCUGCGUGCCCUGUCCAACUUCAUCAAGGAUGCCGUGCUCUUCUCCGACGACGACGUCGCCCAUUGCGAUGCCCACAGGGUGGGCUGUAAGCUGGUCAUGGUCUUCUUCCAGUACUGCAUCAUGGCCAACUACUCCUGGCUGCUGGUGGAAGGUCUGUACCUUCACACACUCCUCGUCAUCUCCUUCUUCUCAGAAAGGAAAUGGCUCCAGGGAUUUAUUGCCCUCGGAUGGGGUUCCCCAGCCAUUUUUGUUGCUUCGUGGGCUGUCACCAGACACUUUCUGGAAGAUGUCGGGUGCUGGGACAUCAAUGCCAACGCGUCCAUCUGGUGGGUCAUUCGAGGGCCUGUGAUCGUCUCCGUCCUGAUUAAUUUCAUCCUUUUUAUAAACAUCCUAAGGAUCCUGAUGAGGAAACUUAGAACUCAAGAAACAAGAGGAAGUGAAGGGAACCACUAUAAGCGCCUGGCCAAGUCCACCCUCCUGCUGGUCCCCCUCUUCGGAGUCCACUACAUAGUCUUUGCCUUCUCCCCGGAGGAUGCCAUGGAGAUGCAGCUGUUCUUUGAAUUGGCCCUUGGCUCCUUCCAGGGCCUGGUGGUGGCCGUUCUCUACUGCUUCCUCAAUGGGGAGGUGCAGCUGGAGGUUCAGAAGAAGUGGCGGCAGUGGCACCUGCGUGAGUUCCCACUGCACCCGGUGGCCCUCGGCUCCUUCAGCAGCGGCACCAAGGCCAGCCCCUCGGAGCAGAGCCGGGGUACCUGCAGGACCAGUGUCAUCUGAGGCUGGAGCAGGGCCACCCAGACAGGCCAAGACGGGUCCUGAGGGCUGACGGCCGCCCAUCUUCCUGCCAGAUGCUGUGUGAUCGCUCCUGUGACUAUAACACCCCUCCUCCGGGCCUCGGGGCGGGGGCGUGGUGAUAAUUCCUCAGAACCGAAGGGACCUGGGGCAGGAAGAGGGCCUGGGAUUUGGGUCUGUUGAGUUUUCUGGGAAGACUUCAGGGGUCCCAGGAGGGGGCAGGGGAAUAAACGGUAACUGGGAUGAGA